AUGUCUACCGCGUCAACUUCAUGGACUACCACUCAGGUUUUCCUGCAAGAUAGUGACACCCACACCGCCGAUUGUUUCCGCCGCACUCAAUGGGAUGAGCUAUGUCGAGUUGCCUCAGGUCUUGCUGGUCAGCAAUGCAUAGCCCUAGAUCAGGUUGCAAGUGGCCUCAACAACAUUGUGCGGGUGCUAGAGUUUUCCGACCAGACACGCUGGGCCGCCCGGGUUCAUAUCAGAAGGAGAACCUCUCUUGUUAGCAGAACUAAGCUUGAAACCGAAGUUGCAACAAUGCAAUUUAUCAAGGAGCAUUGCGAUUUACCAGUGCCCCGAGUCUUUGCUUAUGACGUUGAUGAGAACAAUCCGGUGAGGGCUGCGUUUAUUCUGAUGGAGCUACUCCCUGGAAGUGUCGCUAUGGACGCACUCGGUGGCUACAAGGUUCAUCGUGGUGUGAUACCUAAAGAGCACCGACAAAACUUCUACCGCUCUGUCGCGAAGUCUCAUGUUCAAUUGACUUCCUUACGACUACCCAAAAUUGGAACAAUUAUCCGGAACAGCGAGGGUAACUAUGAGUGUGGUCCCUUACCGGGUAUUGGCGGUCCAUUUGAUACAGCAACUGCAUUCUUCGAGGCGUGGGCCGAUAGCGUUAAGUUCAAGUGUGAUAAAGAAACAAUAACAAGGAUGAUGGCGAGAGGCCCAAUCCCAGCAGAACGCAUGAUCACGAUCAUCGAUAAUUUUCCUUCGCAGAUAAAAGCGUUGGCUAGCCGGCUAUCCUUAUACAACGAAGGGCCAUUCCCUCUAGACCAUGAUGAUUUUCUUCAUAGUAACAUUAUGGUGGAUGAGAAUAGCUUUAAUGUGACCGGAAUCAUCGACUGGGAAGGAGCAUGUACGGUUCCCUGGGAACUGAUCGCAUUCCCCGAUUUCCUUACAGCUAUGCCCUAUAUCGAACUGGUCAAAUCGGUCGAGCUUGAAGAUAGCUUGCUCUCGGCUUGCUUGAGCAGUAAGAGGAGCCAGGCUAUAGCUUACUCAUAUGGGGCAUAUACCUGUGUUGGGAAGUUGGGUACCUAUGAUCGCAUUAUAGAGGAGUUAGAGAGCACCUGUGGGAAGAAGCAGUCAAGUCAUUAG